GCGUGCAUGGAACCACCGCAUAUUUAGGCAUUGUAGUUGCCUCCCACGUUUAUCACCAUCAUAUUUGUGGGUAAACAUUGUGAUUGCGGUACUGCCUCGCCGAUAAUUAUUGAAAAGUGUCGUUUUUUUGAGUGUUUCGGAAUGUCUUCGUAUUCUAGGACUUCCGAAAGUGACGCGUGGGCUCUCCUAGCCCUCAAAUCGGCACCGACGAGUCCGACAAAAGUGCAAUGGUCUCCCGAACCGAAAGGGGAUGUAAUCGCACGCUUAGAGGGUCGAGAAUUCGAAUACAUGGUACGUCAAAACAGAAUCGUAAUCGGACGAAAUAGUUCGCGAGGAGAUGUGGACGUGAACAUGGGACAUUCCAGUUUUAUAUCGCGAAAACAUUUGGAGGUUUUUUUCGAUCACCCCUUUUUCUAUUUAAUGUGCAAUGGAAAGAAUGGCGUUUUCGUCGACGGCGUUUUCCAAAGGAAAGGGGCACCGUCGAUACAGUUACCGAAAACAUGCACCUUGCGAUUUCCAAGCACAAAUAUUAGACUAUCAUUUCAAUCGUUAGUGGACGAGGCAUGUGAACCACCGCCGCGUGUCCGUGAGGUGUCGCCCGUGAGACAUCGUGAUCGACCAGGCGGGGGUCUGGGAGUCCUUCCGCCUUUACGGAUUAAUAUACCGGAUAAUGAUAGUUUCAGUAGUCCGUUUCCGUCUCCCACCGGUACGAUUAGUGCCGCAAAUAGCUGCCCUGCCAGCCCCCGAGGCGGUCACGGCAGAAGAAAUGUGUCUGCCGAACUUCAGAUGGUGGCGCAUUAUGCGGCCCAGGUAGCACAUCGAGGUGACGAUGGUCAUAGCAUGUCUAGUCAUAGUCCUGACCAUGUUUACAGACAACCUACCUCAAAUGGAAAUGCAGUAAGUAAAACGUGUGCUUUCAAGAGCCAUAAGAUAAUUGUGCAAUAUUUUCAGAUACCUCCAGUUGUAAUUAACGACGGAUAUGGGGCUAGUAGCAGUAAAGAUGAUGCAAAACCACCAUAUUCUUAUGCACAACUUAUAGUACAAGCUAUCGCUAGCGCGCCCGAUAAACAAUUGACAUUAUCGGGCAUUUAUAGUUACAUCACAAAACAUUAUCCUUACUAUCGAACAGCAGAUAAAGGGUGGCAGAAUUCUAUUAGACAUAAUUUAAGCCUUAACAGAUACUUUAUUAAGGUUCCAAGAAGUCAGGAGGAACCGGGAAAGGGUAGUUUUUGGAGAAUUGAUCCACAAUCGGAGGCGAAGUUAAUUGAACAAGCCUUUAGAAGACGACGUCAGAGGGGUGUGCCCUGCUUCAGAGCACCGUUCGGUUUAAGUUCCAGAAGCGCGCCCGCAUCCCCCACUCACGUGAUGUCAUCUGGCCUGAUUACACCGGACGCGUUAUCUAGAGAGAGUUCUCCCGUGCCGGAACAGUUGGUGGACGUAAGCCAGUCGGCGCCCGGUAGUCCGGGUCAUUCUAUUAUCGCGUACCCCGGUUCAGGUAAUAUGAUCGGCCAUCAGCAAAUGAGUACCCUUGUCGGAUCCACCAAAGCUAGAUUGCUGUUACCGAACAGAGAUUUAGAGCAACACUCUCAUGUAAUGUCGUCGGCCAAUGGUCAGGACCAUCAGGAUGUGGAAAAAUAUCAACUAGUUAAUUCGGGACAGGUAAUAGAGGAGCAAUCGUUGUCCCCGGCCGCUUACUCACCUCAACCAGUAAUAGUACAAGCCGCAAACUAUGCACAUUAUAGCAGUUUAGGAGUUGACUUGAAAAGGCAUCUCGACGAUCAAAGUAUGGGCAGUCCGGUGAGCGGCGGCGAAACUUCCGAUAGCAUGCAAGAGCCGGAAGCGAAACGUCUCCGUGAUCAGCAAUAUGAUGCCGAGUAAUAAAUUGGAAAUUUUAGUUUCGAUAUAUCAAGUUUUAACAUAGUAGGUAUGCUGAGAGAUUCAGUUUUCAUUUGUACUACUUAAUUAUACAUUUCGCUCUCCCUCCUAUUAUACAUAUAUAACACAUACAUAAUGUAAAUUUUGCAAUUGUAUAUUUACGAUUUAUUUUUAAUUGUACAUCUACAAUAUUAGGGUUUUUAGAUAUAAUUUCGGUUUUAUAACGAUUUAAGUUAAUUUGGUGCUGUCCGCCAUGUUUUUUUUUUAAUUUAAUGAUGAACGAACUAAUCUGACUAGCAUUCUAUUUAUUAUAAUAUAAUAUAUAUGCUGUAUAUUUGUUAUUCCUCAAUUGUUUUCUCUGAGGCAAAUGUUAGCACUUUAUGAAAAUGAAUUUUGUUAGAAAUUUUAUCGCCAAUAAUAAAAUGAUGUAUAACGAAAAAAGCCAAUAAAAAAACUUACAGCUGUUAAUUUUUUGAAAAAGUUUCAUUACAUUGUAUUAAAAAUGGUACUUGUUCUCUUAAACUGGUCUAUUUAUCGGGCACUGUAAUUCAGUAAUUUGUAAAAUGUGAUAUUUUAAUGUAUUACAUAGGUGUUGCGUUUGCAAUGUCUUGAGAGUGAGUAAUCUAGCGGAUUGAGCGGUAUAAAUAUGUGAUACAC